CUGUAGGUUGAUGCACGUCAGUGGCGGCGGCUUUUACGCAGCAGAACUAGGGCAACUGCGUCUCAUUAUGUCGACAUUUAAGAAGGCAAAAAACUCUAAAACUUGACCAGAUUCAUGAUUAAAAUGAGUCUGACAUCCGAAUUACAACCAUGUACGAGUUAAUUAUUAAGGACUUAUAAAGAAAGAAGAAGAAGACACGAUGGAGGCACAGCCACGGUACCCGACCAAAAGAACUCAAGGAUGAUUUUAUAUGAGAGAGACACGCUCUGCGGAAUAUAACUUUUUUUUUCUUUUUCAAAACAGUCUUAAAAUGCUUAAGAGAUGGAAAUUCCGUUGGUUGCCUGUCUUUAUUUUCACUUUCUUCAUUAUUCUCUACGUGGAUUUCCAACUACGCGCCGGCAGCCUUCCCAAACUGUCAGCGGUUCACCAUGCGUCAACCGGUGCGCUCCGGCGCCUCAUCCACCAGGCACCAUCCGCGGGCAUACACUCUCAGAAGCCGGUUAACGACAACGGGAGCAGAAACAGCAUAGGGGAAACACAGGGUGCUGACUUGAACCGAGUAACUCAGCCUCCACAUGUUGCACAGCCAAAACUGCAGCUGGAGGACAUUUACAUCGCCGUGAAAACCACCGGGAGGUUCCACAGCACGAGGCUGGCGCUCCUUUUGGAGACCUGGAUCUCCAGGACUAAGGCGCAUACGUUCAUCUUCACAGACACGGAGGAUGAAGAGUUGAGCUCGGAAGGUUAUAACAUGGUGGUAACUGGCUGCCAGUCAGAUCACAGUCAACAGGCUCUGUCCUGCAAGAUGUCUGCAGAGUACGACGGUUUCAUGGCCUCAGGCAAGAGGUGGUUUUGCCACGUGGACGAUGACAACUACGUGAACCCCGAGGCCCUCCUUUCCCUGCUCUCGACAUUCCCCCAGGAAGGAGACAUCUACGUGGGCAAACCGAGCCUGGACAAACCCAUAACUGCUCACGAACUGCUGGAGGGCAAUGCAACGAGGGAGGUGCAGUUCUGGUUCGCUACAGGAGGAGCAGGUUUCUGUCUCAGUCGAAGGCUGGCAGAAAAGAUGGCUCCGUGGGCCAGUGGCCCCCGGUUCGAGCGGACGUCGGCGACGAUCCGCCUCCCCGACGACUGCACGGUGGGCUUCAUCGUGGAGAAGAGGCUGGGUGUCUCCAUGGUUCACUGUCCUUUAUUCCACUCCCACCUGGAAAACUUGCUGCUCAUCAGCCACAGGAGCAUAUCACAGCAGGUGACGCUGAGCUAUGGGAUGUUUGAGAACAAGAUGAACAGCAUUGAGGUGAAGGGAAGUUUCUCCAAGGAGGACGACCCCUCUAGGUUUAAGACUGUGCACUGCAUGCUGUACCCUUUCACCAGCUGGUGUCCUUGAGUUGCGUCGUUGAAGACUGCAGCGUCCGAACACACGAGGCAAGGCUGGUAUCCUGCUGGAUCAUGAACCUUUGAACCUUUCAUGGCUAUUGACUGAAUGCAAAAAAAAAAAGAGAAAAACCCAGACUGAUUUCCUUUGGAACAAGAGUCUUAUGAUGAGAACAGCCCCGACUGCUGAAGCAGGAAACGGAACUUUAAAAAAAAAAUGUGCUCACACUUGGUUCUCACCUUGUAGCUGCUUACAUAGAAGGUAUAAUGAAAACCUUGAUUAUGAAGCAAAGAAACGCCUUGUCUUUUUUGUCUUUUACCUCAGUGUUGAAAUCAGACUGUUGCAUGUAGGAUUUACUUGUGUCUCGACUACUGAAUGGUUUUCAUUGGUCAGAGUAUUUUUAUCUGUGAGACGGAAGCACUUAAUAAUAAAAUAAUAAAGCUGGA